CGAUACUCGUUGCAAGGACGGACCUAUACAGUGGAGAACAACUUGGAUUUAGCAAAAAGACAGCUCCACAGAGAAAAUUAAUAGGACAGGUAUGUUCUAAGUAACAUGUAGGCUGCUUUUUUUCCCCUCAUCAUGAAUGUGGCAUCUCCUACCAAUUUCUACUCCUGAGCAUAAGAGGUCUCCAACAUGCCAUGCUGAGUGAUUUGUGAAUGAAUGAGUUAGCCAUGCAACCAAAUGACAGUGCGCAGAUCCUGGUACCAGAGGUGUGUGAGCAGGUACUGGAGGAUAAUGCAGGACUGGGUUACGGUGGCUCUACUGGCAACCUGUCGCUGCGCUGCUGGCUACACUUCUUAAGCAAGGAAUCUAUACUGGAGCUACAGGGAGAUGGUUCCAGCAUCACAGUGCGUGUGAUGAUAGCUCUGGUGUACUCUGUCGUGUGUGCACUGGGGCUAGUGGGGAACUCUCUGGCACUCUACCUGCUUCACUCACGCCACAGUCAGAAGCAGUCCUCAAUCAACUGCUUUGUAAUGGGCUUGGCUCUCACCGACCUGCAGUUUGUUCUCACGCUCCCCUUUUGGGCUAUUGACACGGCUCUGGACUUCCGCUGGCCCUUCGGCAAAGUAAUGUGUAAGAUCAUCAGCUCCAUGACCAUCAUGAACAUGUACGCCAGCGUCUUCUUCCUGACUGCCAUGAGUGUGGCGCGAUACUACGCAGUGACCUCGGCCCUCAAGAUGCACAGCAGGCGGACGGCGGCAGCCAGCGCCAAGUGGAUCAGCCUGGGCAUCUGGGUAGUGUCGCUGCUAGCCACCCUGCCCCACGCCAUCUACUCCACUAGUGCCCAGCUAUACGACGAGGAACUGUGUUUGGUGCGAUUCCCUGAGUCAGGCAGCUGGGACCCUCAGCUGCUCCUGGGGCUGUACCAGCUACAGAAAGUACUGCUGGGCUUCGUUAUUCCCUUGGUGGUCAUCACUGUGUGCUAUCUGCUGCUGCUGCGCUUCGUGCUGAGCCAACGCAUCAGUGGAGCGGCCAGCUCAGAGGGCUCGGAAGGCCGCCACAAACGCCGGUCCAAAGUAACCAAGUCGGUGGCCAUCGUGGUGCUGUCCUUUUUCUUGUGCUGGCUGCCCAAUCAGGCGCUGACGCUGUGGGGCGCGCUGAUUAAGUUUGACCUGGUGCACUUCAGCAACGCAUAUUACAACGUCCAGAACUACACCUUCCCGCUGACUGUGUGUCUGGCUCACACCAACAGCUGCCUCAACCCUGUGCUCUACUGCAUAAUCCGCCAUGAGUACCGCGCGGGCCUCAAAGAGCUGCUGCAUGCCACACCCUCCUUCAGGAGCCUGGCCAACCUGCUACCCCGCAAGGCCAAGGUGGCAGAGGCUCCCCCUGUCAUGAUGCUGGUCCAGAUGGAUGUCUAAAGGCGGGCGGCUCAGCGUCUCUAGUAGACAAUGGGCAACAACAAGGAACGCACUCAGCUCUCCAAAAUACCAGUUUCAUGGAAUUUGUUUGUUGUAGUUGUUGGAGCAGCAUCACAAGGCAAGCCCAUUGGAAUGUGUGCGGUGGAAAUUAAAUAAUAAUUACAUAAUAUACUGUUUAAUUGGUCAUACUAUGCUGUUUUACUUGGAGAAUUGUCUGUAUUUUAGUAUUUUGCUGAUAAAGCUUUGUCUUGUGUGACUUAGUCAUGGGUCAGGGCCUACACCCAGCCAUUUGGGUGUAACUGUAGUAUGUGACAUCCUGUUUUAACAAUCUACAGUAACUUAGAUGUGUGGAAACAUGCAGGAAGGAACGGUCAAUGGUGGCAACGUCAGCUAUCUUAAUCUGCACAGACAAGCUAAAUCAGCUUUUACACACCAUGUUCCGUCCCUGUUUCCACCGGUCUGCUAAACUGCCAGGUCGACAAAAUAGGUUGUUAUUUUUCUAUAAGAGGAGAGAGACAACUGUUUUCAUUGUUAUUACUUGCUUAAUUUUUGCAAAUCUUAUAAAUAGUUGUUUUAAAGAAUACAUUCUAACCCUUUGGUUAGAAAUACCACGACAUGUGCCCCAGUUUUUCUCCCCCUACUCAGAUUCUCUUUGCCAGAUGUGUUUUUCCUCUCUCCUCCGCUGCUUCUCUGCUAGCUAGAGAUACAUUUAGCAAGCUAACGUUAGAUAGCUAUCACGAUGGUAGCUCGGCUACAUAAGGUUACAUAACAUUCAGAUAUGCCGCGGGGCAGCCGUUGAACUUUGUUUCCCGAACUCACAUCUUCUUUGUCACUAGAAGCCAACGCCUCGAACAUACACUAUAUAAACAGAAGUAUGUGGACACCCCGUCAAAUUAAUGGAUUUGGCUAUUUCAGCCACACCCGUUGCUGACAGGUGUAUAA